ACCAUUCACCGAGACUGGUAUACUCGGUUAACGACAUACUACAUCGUUCCGAACAUCUGACGGCCUGAAAAAAUUACGUAAAUAUUACAACAUUCAUACAUCGAUUAUGAAACGUAUGUAAUCGCAGGUCGCAACCCUUUACGUUGAUGUCCUGAUUUUGAUUUUUCAUCUAAGUGCUUGGUGUCCGCGGUUUGUUUUAGUGCGACUUGUUUGACCCUGGUGAAUUUAUUUUAUAUAAUUUCCUAACCCUGUUUCUUGGUGCUCGGACCGUCUGUGGUUUUGUUGUGUAUUAUUACACCCAGAUUGGAUUGUCACUGGUGCUGUUGAUGUGACAGCGUGCGGCAUGUUCGCCACGUGAACGAGCGUGCUCAAAUAACAUUGUGCCAAAAAUGGAAUAUUUAUGUAGUCGAGGGACAGUAUAGAAACAUUAGUAAUUUCCAUGACGAACUAUUUAAUUCUAAAAAUAUCAAUGAUACGGUGAAAAUAGAAGAACACAAUGGGACGGCGACGUUGGCGAUUUGCGACAAUCGCUGCUUUCCUCCUCUUUGUAGCAAGGGGCACACAGUGUCAAGAUGAAAACGGCUUUUACUACACACCAGAAAGAAAUUUUGCUCAAGUUCAACCGCCUAUAUUCCCCAACAGUAGGCCAACGUCAUUCUUCGAGCAUGGAGAUAACUAUAGAGCAGUUCCCACAGCACAACAGCCGCUAUUUAAUGACGGUCAUGGGAGAUUUCCUAGUCCUAAUUAUAACCAGAACCCUUCCCCAUUUCAACUACCGACAGGAAGAAGUCAAUCUGGAACACAAUAUUAUAUUAACCAACCCGAAUUCACAACAUCACAGCGUCAAAGAUUUAGGCCUGCUCUACCUUAUAAUUUUCCUGUACAUCAUCCUACUUCAACAAAAAGGCCUGAUGUUUCACAAAUACACUCUGCUGCCUAUCAAAAUGAUCCAUCAAAACCAGAAACAUUUUUAGGCCAAAUAACUAUUAACAAUCCUGAUAUAGAUUACCUACAAAAUAAUGGAUUUAAGAAUAUACCAUUUGAUACCAAUAGUCUCAAAAGUAACGGGCAAACUGGUCACAUUGCACAUGACGAUGAAUUUGAUAACGACGAUCAGGAUCUAUUCGAUCGACACAAAGUUACAACGUAUAAUCCUACAAAGCAUGCUAGUAGACAAAAGAUAAAUAAUAAACCAAUUAACUCAAGAUUUUCUCACUUUGAUCCUCCGUCACCAAACGCAAAGAAAGUUCUGCAAAAUGUGCCGGCAAACAACUAUAAGGUCAACAAUAAUUUCCAGCCAUCUUAUAAUAUCCCUAACUUUAAUCAAGGUUCUUCCACUGAAUACAAACCACUUUUAGAUUUAGAACCACUUCUUGAAGAUGAUAUAAGUGAUCUAAGUUCCUUCAGAGAAUUAAUGAAAAAUACUCAAGAAUCUUUUGAUGUUCAAGUUAUCAAGUCGAAUAGUAGUGGAGAUUCUGAUGACAGCAAGCCUGAUGCGAGUUCAAUGAAUACUGAUAACAUUGCAAAUGAUUCAGCACUUAUGACUUUAUCUGUUGAAACUUCUACGCAAAUAAAAUCUUCUACAACAUCUUCUACAACUGAAAAAUCAAACGAACAUGCUGAUGACCACCACGAUGAAAAUCUUAGUGGAGAAGUCGAAGAUGAUGGAGAAUAUGUUGAAUAUUAUGAUGAAGAAGACAAGGCUGAAGUUAAACAUACUACCACUGCCAAGCCUAAAACUACUUCUGCAGAGCCAGUUACAGAUAUCUAUGACGAAUAUGAUGGUACUGAUGAACAUAUUGAUGAACACACUGAUAAACAACCUGAUGAUCACACUGUUGAACAUACUGAUGAACACACUGAUGAACAUACUGAUGAACAUACUGAUGAGCAUACUGCUGAAUACACUGAUGAAUCCGAGGAUACCACUGUGGUGCCCAUUAAAACUAGUACUAAUAAGUCAUUCCAAGUUCUAGCUAUGGAACGUAAUAAUACUUUGGUAAAAGAUGAUAACUUUAAACAAUUUAUUGAUACAGAUGUGAUAGAUAAACCUGAAUUAGGGACAGAUAACGAUACAACUGCGCCUAGUUUGAGGUUCAUGUUUUCUAAAGAAGAUCCUUCGAUAGAAACACCCUCAAUUCUGGGGCAGGAAGUAGUUUCUGUUGUAACGACGAAAAGUGUUGUAAAUGGAACUAUUUCUAUACCCGAUGUCACUUAUCCACCAACGCCUAAAACCGCUGUAGCCUCUGCGUCAUAUAACGAUGCAAAUGAUUCGUCUCCAGUAACGACGGAGAGUUGGAUUGUAGUGGCAUCAGUGCAAACAAGUCGUAGUGUUUCUGGGGCCCGAUUCUUACCUUUCCCGACAGUAGAACAAGAGGAAAAGAAACAAGUGCUGACUGAAGAAGAUGAAGAAAACGUAACUGAAAAUCCUAAACCAGAUUUAAGUAGUAUUAUCAAUAGCUCAUCAUCUACAGAAAAUAUAAAUGAUAAACUGGACAGCAUUCAAUCAGAACUAUCCAGCGCAGUAUUGUCAGGAAAUCUAAAUAAAGAAAACAAAAACAUAGAGUUAAUAACUGAAUCAACUACGGAACCAACAUCAACUAGUACUACAACAACGACUACAACAACACCAUCUACAGUGAACGUCUUUACUUUAAAAAGUACGCAAUUUUCGGUGGCUACUGAAAGAUCUUCUCCAGAUCCAUUACCAGUGCAAAUAAAGAAGUUCACUCCACGAGUAAUUACCUCUACUACGCCUAAACCAAAGAAAAAAUUAGUCACUGUUAUGGAUGAUUUAUCAGGUUUGCUCCCGCCUGGAUACAAACCAAGGCAAUCGUUUAAAGACAAACGUACUAGUACCACGACAACUACUACCACCACUACAACCACUACAACCACCACAUUGGCUCCAAUACCUCACACAGGAAUCGGAAUUAUUAAUAUUACACAAGGACGAUCGUCUGGUAUAAGUUCCAAAAACAAAGUUAUUAUUCUAGAUGAUAAAUCCCUUCUUCCAAAGGAGUAUAAGCCAAAGCAGAAAACGCAGGAAGACUUAUUUAAGAAAAUUCAAAUCGAUGACCCAAGCAAAUUUUUACCACCUGGCUAUAAGCCUGAUAAUAAUGAUUCUUACAAUAAUACUAAACAGGAUUUAUUAAAAACCGUAGAAAAGCUAGAUAUUGCAGCAAUUUUACCAAAAGGAUUUAAGUUAGGGACUACGCCUAGUACUAGAACCACAACAGAAAAAAUUAAAGUCGUUCCAAAAAUACCGAUUACUGUACCGGUGGAUAUUUCCGCAUUCUUACCACCAGGAUUUAAACUGAAUUCUAGUGAUUCUGAUAAGGCCGAAGAGAAUCCAUUAAGUAAAUUCAUAAUUAAAGACAUUUCCAGCCUGUUACCACCAGGAUUUAAACCAGAUAAAGAAGAAUCUGCAGAAGAAACUGCAACAACAAGCACUACCACAGCUUCGUCUGGAAGCUUCAAAGUAGUUUUCCCGUCGAGGCCAGGAGGCAAGGCAACCAGAAAAAGUACAACUCAAAAAUCAAGUAUUGGCCCACCUCCAGUAACUCCAAAGAUUCAAAAAGGCUGGCCAACUAGAGCUUCUACUGAAUUUACGGGCUGGCCAUCGCCAUCUACGACUCCCUUCUCGAUAGAACGACUUCUAGAACUACAACGCAACGCGACUUCUACAACACCAUUACAAGAAAUAAGCACCGAAUCAACGACUCGCCGUUUGAUAACCACGACCACAACGACGAUAGCCCCUCCUCAGCCCACCACUCCUGGAGUAUGUCGUCACGAAUGUGAUAUAGCAGCAACUAUUAAAAUUGUUUCAGGAGUUAAGUGGGUUCCAGAAUUUUUAGACCAUCAUACAAAAGAAUGGCAAAAAUUAGCAAGGGAGGUGAAACAUGAGCUCAAUUCCGUUUAUUCAAAAUCUGAUCUUCUAAGCAAAUGGUACAAAGGUAUUCGCAUAGACGGAUUCAGCCAAGGCUCUGUACUCGUCGAUUAUUUCAUCGAACUAAAUAACGUUGAAGAAAAAAUUGAUACUUUACAACUUAAAAAGUUCUUCCAUAAAUCUCUUCAUGAUGCUAAAGCUGGCUCUGUGAUGGAAGAAGAGGAAGACGACGAAUCUGAUACAUUCGAUCCUGAUGUAAUGUUAGGGGAUCAGCCAGACGAAGAAAGAAUGAAAAAGAGCAAUGAAAAAAUGACUAAAAAUAUCGACAAAUCUGCAGGAAAAUUAGAAAUGGGAAAAUUCGUGAUGGAUCCGGCGUAUACUGAAUUUAUCGUUUUGCCAAAGCAUGAAGAGCCUACUAUAAUUGAGCCAGACGAAGAGUCUCUAUUACCGCAGUGGGGUAUUGCCGUUAUUGUCAUAGCGCUGGCAUCACUGCUAUUCGUCGUUAUAUUCGGCGUAACAGUGCUCGUAAAUCGCCAGAAGAGUACGAAGACGAAACAGCCUAUUCCACUGAGUGAAGACAUGCUCCGAGAACUGGACAAGAGUCACAUGGGUGGCUUCGAUGAUAUGCAUCAGCUUAAGGAACGCGAUCUACCAUAUUUACCUACGGGAAAGCGCAUGUCGACAGCAUUCAUAGAACAGCUAGCGUACCAAAACCCUGGCGAUUCUUGGCGAUCAGAAUGGACUCCGCAGCUCCAAAAGUAUAUGUCUCACUACACACCUGACUCUGGACGAGGAUCACAACUUUAUGGCACCACCGGCAACGGAUACGGAGGGUCGCAGCUUUAUGGGCAGACGGGCGCAGGAUCACAAGGAUAUGGUUACACAGGGGAGUUCCCUCGCUCCCAUUACUCACGUCGCCGUUCUGACUACGACAGCAACUUCUAGAACUUUCUCAACAUUAAAACUUUAACCCCUUGACAAUAUCAUCUUUAAACCUCGAGUUUAGAAAUAGUUACUAGGUUCAAUCUUACGUAGAUAUUCAUUAACAACUAUUGAGCUGGGCAUUAUCUAAGAAAUUAAAAAGUACUUCACGUAAAGUCCCAGUUUACAUCAUUAACAGGUUGUGAAAUAGGUAUGCUUUCAUCUUCAAGUCAUUGAUCAUUGACAUUGCGAUUUAUGAAAAUUACCUGUCGUUUUAAAAAUACAUUUUAUAAGCUUUUAGUACGACCUACUUCGAGGAAUACAUUUAGUGCCAAAAAAGAAUUUCGAUUAGCUUUCGAUACUGUACGAAUAAUAUUAUUCUAAAUAGAUUAAACGAGUUAGAUGGGCCUACAAUUUUUAUUGACUAUUUAAAAACAUUUGUUAAAAAUUUAUAAAGGAUUCAAAAUUAGUCCGUAAUAAUUAAGGUAUUUGCCAAAAUAGAAACUUUGACUGAUUGUGAGAUGUACAUAGUUAAACUAAGAGCUCACCGUAAAAUUAAGUCGGAAUUAGGUGAGUCUUUACAGAAUUCUGUAGAUAUCAUUGCAUACCUACAUUUGCUCAGAACCCAUGAAGUCGGCGGUGUCAGCGUGAAACGCACUAGUGCCAAAAGUCGAAUUGUUGAUGUAAAUAUAGUGGAAAAAUUAUACAGUUUUUCGUGUGAAAGAACGUUUUUUGGGUGUAAAUUAGAGAACACAGUAACAAUUACAAUUCGUAAUGAGAAAGUAUAGAUACUAUUUGAAAAAUUAAGAUAAUGACGUUUUAUUACCAUAAAAUAUGGAUUGUAAUUUAACAUUGUAUGCUUGAUUGAGAUAAACUUAAUAAUAACUUAGUAAAAAAGGAAAGUAAGUGUGUUUGUUUAAGAUAUUUAACAGAAAUCAUCAACUUCUGUUUUUCUAUUCCAUUAUACUACUUACCUAUCAUUUUCGAUAGCAACUACGUCGUGAUUACUUUGUUAGAGGGUGGCUUACUGCCAUUAUCGCGCCACCUUAACAGUAAUCAAUAACGAUAUCUUUAUAUCGUAAGCUUUAAUUUAUGAUAUCAAAAAUUGACUGCCUAAUUUAGACACACAAAAUAAUCAAAUAGGAUUUUUUUUUGGAAUUCAAAAAAUUGUUUUAAAUAUGUAAUCUUAUUUAGUUUGGUAUUUCUAUUAGUGAGCAGUAGUAAAUUAAUUUAAACUUUGUAAAAUAAAUAAUUGCUCAAAAAUAUUUGAGACAUCUCAGUAUUUAAAAACAAAACCAUCAAUCUUCAUUAACGUUAAGUGUUCUCACUGUUAGAAUAAAUGCACUCAAAAAUAAUAUUGUAUUUUCAUUUACGCAGUCAACACAAAAGCGGAGAAGUAACCUUUAACAUUAUAGUAGGUAUAAACGAUUCCAAAUCAACUUAUUUAAUACUCACAAACUUUGGUGUCGUAUGAAAAUAAUAAUAUUAAUAUUGAAUUUGUCAAUUUAUUGUAAAUAUCGUAAUAAUUACUAAGCGUAUUGUAUAAUUUUUAACAAUUAUUUGUGUAUUUUGAACAUUUUCAUGUUUGUCGUCAAAUUUCGCAAACACUGAUGUUUAUUGUAAAUUCCUAAUGUGUUGAACAUUAUCCCAAUUAGAUAAACUAGAUAUAUUAUCGUAUAUGCAUAGUUAUUCUUGUAUAUAAACAUUUUUGUACAUUUAGAACUUUAAUUUAAUAAUUACAACUAUAGUUAGUUACAAAUUAAACCUGUAAGAUCCUGAAUAUAGACAUAUUAU